AUGCAUUCCUUAGUAUUGAUCGUGGUAUUUGGUUCACUUUUUUGCAUCAUUAAUACUGACAAAGUCUCACCCCGACCCAGCCUUAAAUCCUUCAGAGAUGACUAUGACAGUGUCGCUAAAACCUGUGUGGCUGUUGGAUAUGUUAAGGACCACUGUAAAAAGAACGAUGAUAGAAAAAAUAUGGUCAUAGCAUUCAACGCCAAAACCAAAGGAAGUGUUCAAUCAGUCAGUACUGGGGACAUUGUAAUGUUUGGAGAUGUUGAUCUGAAUAUUGGACGUGGAUACAACGCGGUCAAAGGAAUUUUCACAGCUCCAAAAUCGGGAAUGUACGUCUUUGAUUGGACAAUAAUGACUGACACGAACAAAUACGCUUUCACCUCUCUGGUCUUGAAUGGUAAAAGAAGGGCUUAUAACCAUUGUUCUAACAACAGCCACAGUAUCUACAUGUCAUGCAGUAAAAUGGCUGUCGUCAGAAUGGAAGCAGGAGAUAAGGCUUGGAUAGAUAGCUUCUCUGGAACAUCUUCUGUUUACAACACAUAUUCUUCUUUUUCUGGUUACAUGUUGUAA